AUGAGGGCCAGGACAGCGCUCGCCGUCGUUCUGGCGGUGAUCUGCGGCUGCGCGUCGCUGCCCUCGUGUCGCUACCCUCGUCACUUCACGGACCACGACUACACGUGCCUGGGCUUCAGCAACGCCUCGGAGCUAGAAGAAGAGAUCCAACUGCUACGCGCGGGCGCCCCGAUCCACCUGACCCUGAAGGACAGCCGGUUGGAGCACCUUCCUUCCAGCGCGUUCGCUCACCUGGCUGUCUCGGUGCUCGAGCUAAGCAACGUCACCGUGAGCACUUUCACGCUCGCCGAGCAGCACCCUUUCGAGGGCUUCGAAGACACCCUCACCGAGAUCACCUUCAGCGACGACAGCACUUUGCCGGAGUCAUGGGCCGUGCUGAAGGAACUGCACAAGCUACGUGUGCUCGCCAUAUCGGACAUGAGUUCCGUGAAUCUCACCAGGGACUUUCACCUACUUCCGAAGACCUUGCGCGUCAUAGGAGUCACGUCCUCACACCUGGGCUACGUGGACGACGACUGGCUGGCUCCGCUGACAAACCUCGAGGUGAUCGCUGUUCGGGACACCACCAUGAGUUCGCUCAAGAGGUCCAUGCUGCCCAGGCCGGCACAAAACCUGUGGCGCCUCAUGUUCCACAACAACACCCUGACCAGUGUCCCUAGAGACCUUCUCGAGGACAUGCCCAAGUUGAUCGCCAUGGACCUUGGUGACAACCUGAUCAAAACCUUCGACGAAGAAAGCAUCGCACCAAUCUUCAAGCAGCCGCUCUACGACCUUAUCAUCUCAGGCAACCCCCUUCACUGCGACUGCAAGCUGAGGUUCCUGCGUGGCCACAUCAAGAACUGGCGCCUCAACCACUGCGCGACGCCGGAGUCGCUGAGGGGCCACCACCUCAACUGGGUCACCGACCACGAACUGGGCUGCCGGAACGCCACGCCACCCGCGGCGGUGCCACCUCCUACGCCGAGACGCUGACGCGAGCCCUUAUCUGUCGGCCGGAUGGCAUGCGAAAAGGCAGCGGGAAAGCUGCGAGGUUUUGCGAGAUAAGACUAAUAAA